GAAGCCAUGGACGACUUGGUCUCCGCACUGGAGCUCAGCCCCGGGACCGUGGUUCCUGAGAUCCGCUCUCUGAAGCCGGAAGCCCAGGCCCUCAUCACUCAGGGCCUCCACUCCCGAGCCCGGGCCCUCCUGAGUCAGCUGCUGGACACCAGGAUGCCCCUUGGGGACAAGGACACUCAGGGCCUCCUUGCUGUGGGGGAGGCGCUGGUCAAAAUCGAUACCGGGAAGCCGAGCUGGCACAUCCUCCUCGCAGACAUCCUCACCACACAGGGCAGCUGCAAGGAGGCCGAAGCCCACCUGCAGAAGGCCCUGCACCUGGCCCCAUCGUCAGAGGCAGCCCGGGGACGGCUGGGCCUGCUCCAGCUCAAACAAGGAGACGCACUGGCCGCUGCCCGGGACCUGCAGGGCCUGGCUGGGACCGAUGUGCAGGACCUCAGCUUCCUGCUGCAUCUCCUGAAGGCCUCAGAGCAGCAGAGUCUUGCCCAGGCCGCAGCCCAGGAAGCCAGCACCCUCCUGGACGCAGGGCAGCCGAGGCAGGCGCUGGGCUACUGCUGCUUGGCUGUGCUGGCAGGGGGCAGCAGUGCCUGUCACCUGCGCCUGCGGGCUGCCUGCCUGGCUGAGCUGCAAGAGUUUGGCCGGGCCCUUGGGGACCUGGACCGUGUGCUUCAGGAGGGCUCAGGGGACGGUGAUGUCCCAGGGCGGGCAGAGGACUUCUGCUCCCGAGGCCGCCUGCUGCUGAGCCUGGGGGACGAGGUGGGGGCCGCGGGAGCCUUUGCCCAGGCCCUGAAGCUGGCACCCACUAUGGCCCAGGGCAGUCUGCGGGAGCAGCCGGGCCGGGCCCUCACAGCACGCGUGUUCCUGCAUCACGGGCAGCACUGCCUGGAGGAGCAGCGCCAUGCAGAGGCUUGGGCGGCAGCCGAGAGCGGCCUCCUGGUGGAUCCCAACCACAGUGGCCUCAGGAGGCUGAAGGCCAGAGUCCACAGGGAGGCGUCCUUGGGCUGCCGGCUCCACUGA